AUGAUUCGUACACUUUUGAGAUAUUUAGCGAACAAUGAAAAGCUGGUUGAACGUCUCAGUGAUUCUUAUCUUAUGAGACGUGCAGCUCAAAUGGCAGUGUCAGUGUUUUAUAGAGCAAAAUCGGUAGCACAAGAAGCGACUGAAGAAAGAAUCAAAGAUAUGUCACCACAAAAGUUUCGCUCGUUCAUUGAUAAAUUUCAAAAUAAUGUGAAAGAAGAGCUUGAGAAAGCCAAGAAUGAGAUUGAUAGUAAAACAAAGAAGCAUUGA